UCAACGUGCGAAACGAAGAGAAUCAUAAUUUCAAUGACGGCGCAACUCGCAUAAUCGCAUGUCAGAUAACCUCAGUAGUGAUUUGGAAAGAGCUACAAAGAUAGCUUCGAACUAGCUUUCAGACGACAUUCACUAAAAGCUCGAAUUUCCAUUAUUUAACCCUGCACGCCACGCUUUUUGGCCGUCAAACGAAGCUUUUCGGUCGCGAUUUCAGAACACAACUUAGCUUCUUCAACGUCGCUACAAGGGCUUCGAGAUAGAGGACAUUAAUCUUGUUGGAGAACAAUUGUUGUUGUUGAUCUCAAGGAUUUAUCGACAAAAGAUAUCUUUCGCCAAGCUAUUUCAUUGAGGUGGUUGGGCGCGUAAUCGCCAGCACAUAAUUCCGACGCAUCUCAAAUUCGCGAUCGCAUGCUAUAAUCACUGAUGGCGGCGCAUCAUCCAUCACCCCCAGCGGGCAUGCAAUUGCAUCACCCUGCUCACAAUGGUCCAGCUCCCUCGGGAAUGGCUCAACAGCAACCAAACUGGCCGGCUCCUGCGCCAACGCCAAUGCAACAGCUAGCUGCCAUGAAUGAGUCUGUAUGGCUUCAAAUUGGAAGCCUAGCAGAGCUCUUAGGCAACAAUGAUGAGGCUCUGGCCGCGUAUGAACAUGUACUUCGCACGAACUCAAGAUCUAUACCGGCGAUGAAUGCCAUAAGUUCUAUCCUUCGCGCACAAGAGAAUUUCGCCAAAGCGGUUGAAUAUCUACAAAAUAUCCUCAAACUAGACGGGAAUAAUGGAGAUGUUUGGGGUAGUCUUGGACACUGCUUCUUAAUGAUGGAUGAUUUACAACAAGCGUAUUCAGCUUAUCAACAAGCUUUAUAUCAUCUCCGGGAUCCCAAGGUUAGUAAAUUCAUGCGCGUUUUGUAUCUCAAGCCUAACCAUUCACUUCAGGAGCCGAAACUUUGGUAUGGUAUCGGAAUACUAUAUGAUAGAUAUGGUUCUCUUGAACACGCCGAGGAGGCGUUCUCGCAAGUUAUGAGAAUGCAGCCAGAUUUCGAAAAGGCCAACGAAAUUUAUUUCCGCUUAGGUAUAAUUUACAAACAACAGCAAAAAUAUCAACAGAGUCUGGAAUGUUUCCGAUACAUUGUCAGUGUACCACCAACUCCAUUGACAGAAGAGGACAUUUGGUUCCAGAUUGGACAUGUUCACGAGCAACAAAAAGAUUACGAUAAUGCCAAAAUUGCCUACAAGCGUGUUCUCGAUCGGGAUCCAAAACAUGCAAAGGUCCUUCAGCAACUUGGAUGGCUGCAUCACCAACAGAGUACCAGUUUCCAAAGUCAAGAGCAGGCCAUUGAGUACUUGGAACAAUCUGUCGGUUCCGAUCAAAGCGAUGCACAAAGUUGGUACCUCCUCGGUCGGUGCUACAUGUCACAACAGAAGUACCCCAAGGCAUACGAGGCCUAUCAGCAAGCUGUUUAUCGAGACGGACGGAAUCCAACUUUCUGGUGCUCGAUUGGCGUUUUGUACUACCAAAUUAAUCAGUACCGAGAUGCGCUUGAUGCAUAUUCCCGCGCGAUACGCUUGAACCCGUACAUCUCCGAGGUCUGGUACGACUUGGGUACUCUGUAUGAAUCAUGUAACAACCAGAUCAACGACGCUUUGGAUGCUUAUCAACGUGCUGCCGAACUUGAUCCCAACAAUGUUCAUAUCAAAGCUCGUCUACAAUUAUUGCGAAGUGGGCAAGCCAAUGGUAUGCCAGGUCAGGCAGCUGCUCCUCUACCACAAGAUGUACAUCCUCAAGCUUAUCAAGCCACUGGUGCUGUUGGCCCUCCUGGGCCUCAAUGGGGAAAUCCUGCUCCUCAAGCGCAAGCGCAAGGACCACCUGCAGCUAAUGGAUGGGGAAGUAGACUUGCUGAAAUUAAUCCUCCUUCUCAGCCACCAAAUCCUUUUGAUCAACGAGGAGCUGAUCGUGGUCCAAUUCCACCUGCACAACACCAUAUCCCUGGCACUGAUGCUCGUCAACAACUUCCACCUCGUCCUCGUUCCCCUCAACGGGCUCCCAUUGAUAUGAGGGACCCUAGAGACCCCAGGGAUCCUAGAGAUAUAAGAGAUCCUAGAGACCCUAGAGAUCAAAGAGACCCUAGGGACCCCAGAGAUCCAAGAGACCCAAGGGAGCAAAGGAUCCAAGAGGACCUAGAGAAUUCAGACGGAAUCAAAGAUUCUCGUGUCGACCCUCGUGCCGCAGACCUUCAGCCUCGUGAUCCCAGAGACCCGAGAGAUCCUAGAGAUCAAAGGGAUCCAAGGGACCCAAGAGAUCAAAGAGAUCAGAGAGAACCCCGUGACCCAAGAGACGCCCGUGACCACCACCCUCUAGGUCCUUACCCAGGUCCUGGGGCGGGAGCAGCAUCGGGAGCACAGCCACCUCCACCUGCUCACGCACAACAAUCACAAGGUCCUCCUUCUCAGCCACAAAGAGUUGCGAACACAAACUACGCUCCUCCACCUUCAGGUCCUCCAUCCGUACUACCACCAGCUCAAAGUGGAAUGAACGGUGCUGGCCCUGUCCCUUUGCCUUCUUUUGGUCGUAACAGCCCUCGACCAGAAGUUCGGCCAAUAAUGAGUGCAACAAUGCCAUCUCCCAAGACUCCUUAUUCCAAUCAACCACCAUACGCUCAUCACACCGAAAUCCCUGAAAGGAGUGGAAUUGAAGGAGGCGCCCCACCCCCACCAUCCGCUUUAGCUGCGGUAGACGCCCCAUCUUCAGAUCGUGGUGACAACAGACCACCAUCCGUAGGUCCAAAGCGAAUGCGUGAAUGGGAAGACGAACCCGCAGUGAAGAAGCCAGCUUCAGAUGAAAAUCUGGACCGGGCACAAUUCUAUAGAGCACGUCUGAAGCCUCGUCGUGUCGAAGAUCAAAGAAGAAUCGAAGAACAACGCCUUGCUGAAGAGCAGCAGAGACAAGCAGAGAACCAAAGGAGAGUUGAAGACCAGCGCCGCGCAGCUGAGGCACGUGCCGCUGAACAGCGUCGUGCAAAUGAGAUUAUCACCCCCUCAGAAGCUGCGCAUCAUCCACCAACUCACGGCAUGCAAAGCCAUCCAGCAAUGCAACAAGAUUCGCGUCCACCACCUCCUCAUACAUACGAAGCUUCAAUAGACGAGCGUGAUCGUCAACAAGUACCGGUACCACACCAACCAUCACUGGCUCAGCGCAUGGAGCAAGCCCCCUCAACUCCCGCACAACCAGCACCUGCUGUCAGUGAACCGGAACGUGCAGCACGAAAAAUGGAUGUUGAUGAGAAUUACGAUGAUGAUGGAGAAGAAGAUAAAAAGGGAGGAAUUGUUUCGGCUCAACCAUCAGGACCUCCAUCCGUCAGUGGUGAUCCAAAAAUCACUAGUCCAACAGGCGUUAAUGGACAUGCUGCAAAUGGAUUACCUAAUGGGCAACCAAAGAUUGAGACAAAUGUUUAG